AUGAAGCAUCAUUUGAUGGUGGGCACCUGGACCCGACCAGGUCGCAUCUAUACAGUUGCAUUCGAUGAUGAGGCUCUGACUCUAGAGUUGGUCAAGAAGACCGACAUUCCUGAAGCUGAGCCAAUCUCGUGGAUGGCAUUUUCUCACGACAAAAAAACGAUCUAUGGCUCCGCUAUGAAGAAGUGGAAUAGUUUCGCUGUGAACAGCCCUACCGAUAUUGUUCACCAGGUAUCGCAUCCCGUGGCUGGACACCCUUUGGCCGCCAACGAGGACACCAACACCCGUGCGAUUUUUGUACUUGCAGCACAAAAGCCCCCAUAUAAUGUCUACGGAAACCCUUUCUAUAAGUACGCUGGAUUCGGAAAUGUGUUCUCAGUAGAGUCGGAUGGCCGUCUCGCCAAAAACGUGCAGAACUAUGAGUACGAGCCCAACACCGGCAUCCACGGCAUGGUGUUCGAUCCAACCGAGACCUACUUAUACUCAGCUGAUCUACAAGCCAACAAAAUCUGGACACAUAUCAAGGAUGCCACAACCGGCGAAUUGACUUUGGUUGAUUGCCUCGAGGCGCCUGACCCAGGUGACCAUCCCCGCUGGGUCGAGAUUCACCCCACCGGAAAAUACCUCUAUGCUCUUAUGGAGGCUGGCAAUCGUUUGGCUGUAUAUGUCAUAGAUGAGAGGACGCACAAACCUGUCUUCACCCACAUAACCUACCCCUUACUUCCUCCCGGUCUUCCCCCACGCAACAAGUACCGCGGCGACGUCACUUUCACCACCCGUAGCGGCGAAUAUCUCUUCGCAACUACCCGCAGCAACCACUUCGAUGUCACCGGCUACAUCACUGCUUUCAAGCUGGGCCCAAGCGGUAACAUCGAGCGCCAGCUAUUCAUUCAUCCCACUUCCACUAGCGGCGGUCACUCCAACGCCGUAAGCCCUUGCGACUUCAGUGACGAGUGGCUGGCUCUUUGCGAUGACCAGCUAGGCUUUGUAGAGAUUUAUAGAUUCCGUGACGAGAAUCUGUCCCGCGUAGCACGCGUGGAUAUUCCGGAGCAGGGAUUCGGCAUGAAUGCAAUCUGGUACGAUUAA